AUGGAAAACUUCACGCAAAAAACCAUCAAAAGCCGCCGUGGGUUCGACUACGCCUACUACACCUCUCCCAACUUCAACGCGUCGGCCCCGACCCUCCUCUUCAUCCACGGGUUCCCAGACCACGCAUUCAUGUGGGACGAGGUGGCGGCGCACGUCCUCUCCAACCCGGCGACGGCGUCGUACAACGUCAUCGUGCCCGACGGGCUCGGCCAAGGCGGCAGCUCCAAGCCGACCGACCCGGCGGCCUACAACAUGUCGGCGCUGGCGGACGAGAUGGCCGAGAUCCUGGACGCCGAGGGCGUGGGGCGCGCGGUCGUGGUCGGGCACGACUGGGGCUCGCUCCUGGCGCAGAACGUGCUGUGGCACCAUCGCGACCGCGUGGCGGGCCUCGCGCUCGUCUCGGUCGCCUACGUGCCGCCCGACCCGACGGGGGAGCGCGACCCGGCCGCCGCGACCGCGCUCUUCCGAGAGACCUUUGGCUACUCGCCGUUUCCGUACUGGGACCUGCUGACGGCGCCAGACGCGCCCGCCCUGCUCGCCGCGAACCUCGACCGCGUCUACGAGGUCCUCCACGGCGACCGCCCCGACUGGAUGCGCCAGAUCUUCUGCGAGCCGGGCGCCUUCCGCGCCUACGUCGAGGGCACCCACCCGGACAGCGGCCGGGUCGCGCUCAAGCCGUUCGCGCGCACCGAGAAGCGCCGCCGCCACUUCUUCGACCGCUUCCGCCGCGACGGCUUCGACGCCCCCGUGCAGUACUACGUCGCCAGCAAGACGGGCAAGCUGAGCAGCGACGGCGCCGCGCGCCUGCCGCCCGAGCUGCUGCGCGCUGACCUGCCCGUGCUCUUCGUCGGGUCCACCGGCGACGCCGUCUGUCGCCACGAGCUGAUCCAGCCUUCUGCCCAGGCCGGCCUGCUGCCGGAUCUGGAGACCCACGUCGUCCAGGACUGCGGCCAUUGGAUCCCCAUGGAGAGGCCCGAGGAGCUCGGGGGCUACCUGGCGGCCUGGUUGGAAAAGAAGUUCCCCGCGGCCGACAAGGCGUAA